GGCGGGGUUUCGGUUUUUUCUUUUUUUAUUGUUAUCAUUUUGUCCAUUACCUGUUCGGUCCAUGGUAAUAGACCUAAACUUUGAGGAAAAUAAUAUACUGGACAAACUAAUUUGAUCACUUCGGAUGAUGUCAUUCUCAUCUUUGUAUAUACUGAGAAACUUUCAUGGAAUUGUGGUUUGACCCGGAUGAACUGUCCUUUGCAUGGGUUUUAGAGGAUAUCAAUUUGUGGUUCAUAGAAUCUGGUUAGAUUUUGCGUUGAUAUUUGUUAAAUUAAAUGAAUCCACAUACUGGGAAUAUAAGUGAACUUGGCAUUUUUCAAGGUGCUGUAUUUGGCCAAAUAGAACAUUGAUAUAUGAGUCCAUCAGCGUCAUGUGUUGACCGAAGAUUUUAAACAUAUCUAGCUACCUAUUAUUGUUUCAAACUUUUAAAGUAGAUAUUUAUUACAGUGACAAAAUCAUGUUUAAGAUGUGUUCAUAUUUUAUGGUUGAGUUGUUAAGACCAGCAUGGUAGAGGGUUGCUUGAUUGGAGUUUGUACCUUGAGAGACUUUGCAAUGAGAAUAAAAUAUAAUGACAGGGAAAGGUUCAACUGCAUAAUAAGGGAAGCUGUGGACAUGGUAUUGAACAUCUUAGGGACAGGGAUAGCCCUGUCUCACCCAGGCUUCAUGCUCUGCACGGGUGAGGUCCUAAUGUAUUUGAUGAAGAGGUUGUAAUGAUGUGUUAAUUGCUACUCUAAAAUCUGUUCAGUAAAGAGAGCACGGAGCAGAUGACUUUUCCAGAGAGGUAUACCUUCUUCAGAGAUGUUUCAGUUAAGAACACUUGUUCACCUUCGUAUAUUUCCGGACUCUAGGGGUUUCUUCGACUAUAUUCGUGUCACGCACGGCGCAACGUUACUAGGGUUGCGUAGGGCGUGAUUGGGCGGCCCCUCCCCCUCCCAGUCUAUCUGGAAAAAAGAAAAAAAAAACUUUUUUGUAUCGAAGGAAUCAACAGCCGCCAUCUUGUCGAGGCUUGGAGUCAGGAUUUCAGGGGGAGCACUCAUUUGUAUUGAAAAUCGCAGCGUCCGAAGUUGGUUUAAACAGGUCCAUUCUGCCGAAAAUUGAAAGGUUAAAUGAUUUUGAAGGGAUUUCGUGCGAAAAAACGGGGAUUGGGGCAAUGUAAUUAGGUAAGAAAUACCUGAUUACCCCUUCAGAAAGCGCCGCUUGUCUCCGUAUCUUCGCUCCUAGCAGUAUUGUUUACCUGGAGCCGCCGGCGGAGGGACAGCGGGGAAGGAGCUAGAUCGACAAAUACAAUAUUUUUUCUCUCGAUACAGUUUUUUAACUUUGCAAAAAAUGAUUUUGAAACAAUUAAAUUGACGUCUGAAAACGAAUUCAGAUAUGCAGAUUUAGCUAUUUUGUAAAAAAAAAAAAAAAAAAAAAAACAGCCGAAAAUAUUUCAAAAGGGAUUCAUUUUUUCAUUAUUGACAUUGUUUGUUUUCGAAACAUUUUUUUAAUGAUCUUUCAUCUGGGUUAUUUUUCUGAUAAUAAUGUGGGGGUCGGGUGUUGGGUUAUCAUGGGGUGAGUGGCGGUGGCGAGGCGGGGCGCUGUUGCUACCUUUUUGAGAUUUUUGUUGCUUAGAUCUGCUGCCGAAGGUAAUCGAAGUCAACGACACGAUUAAUUUUUUUAUGGGGGGGUGAGAUUUAUAUUUCUCGGUGUUUUUUGUUGAAAAAGAAAAACCAAAACUCUUAAGCAUUCAUAAUGGCUGAAAACCUUCUGGACGGCCCGCCUACCCCGAAGCGUCCGAAACUGAACUCCCCGGCUCUUUCUGCUUCAGACAGUACAGAUUUUGGAUCCCUGUUUGAUCUUGAGAAUGACCUUCCUGAUGAGUUGAUCCCUAAUGGAGGUGAUCUGCACAUGCUAAGCAUGCUGCCUAAUAGCGGGGGAGGAGUUGGAGUAGGUAACAUGAUCCAGGAUGCUGCUUCCAAACACAAGCAGCUCUCUGAGCUCCUGCGUACUGGGAAUGGUUCCAGCUUCGGCGUCAACUCCAGCAGCCCCCAGACUGGGAUGGGGGGCCAGCAGAGUAUUGCAGGGGGCCUUGCCAACCUGGGUGUCAUGGGCAAGAGCCCCCUGGGUCAGGGGAUGCAGGUGUCCAGUGGCUCCACCACAGCCCCCUCCCAGACUCUCAACUCCCAGAAACAGGUUAGCAUGGUUGGCAGCACCUCUGCUGGUUCUACCACCCAGACCGGGAUGGGCUUCAAUCAAGCCCUGCAUAGCAACACCCAGGCCCGUGGGCUUCUGAACCAGAACCCCCAGGCAGUGCAGGUGAUGAACGGCUCCCUGGGGUCUGUGGGUCGUGGCAGAGGGGCAGCUGGCAUGCAGUACACUAAUCCGGGUAUGCAGGGAGGAGCAGGCAGCGUACUGGCUGAGACUUUGAGCCAGGGCCCUUCUCAACUGGGAGGACACACAGGGAUGAAUGCACAGCAAGCUGGAUCCAUUGCCAAGAUGGGUUUGCCUGGAAACGGCAGCCCUUUCGGACAGCCAUAUGGUCAAAGUGCUGCGCAACAACUGGGAGCCGCUGGUGUGAACCCCCAGUUACAGAACAAGGUCGGCCUCUCCAAUAGCCUGCCACCCUUUCCCAGUGACCUGAAGGGAGCUGCAGUUACCAGCGUGCCAAACUUGCAGCAACCCCAGCAGCAGGUGCCGUCGGUGGGGAUGGUCCCGACUCAGGGGGUCUCCACAGGCCCCACCGCUGACCCUGAGAAGCGCAAACUGAUACAGCAGCAGCUGGUUCUACUGCUCCAUGCCCACAAGUGUCAGCGCCGCGAACAGGCCAAUGGGGAGGUGCGCCAGUGUGCCCUACCACACUGCAGGACCAUGAAGAACGUCCUCAACCACAUGACGCACUGUCAGGCUGGAAAAUCCUGCCAGGUUGCUCAUUGUGCAUCUUCACGACAAAUCAUCUCUCACUGGAAGAACUGCACUCGACAUGACUGUCCUGUCUGUCUCCCCCUGAAAAACGCCAGUGACAAGAGAAACCAGCAGCCUCUUUUGGGAGCUCCCAGUACAGGCUUACUGAACUCCAUCAGCACAGUAGGUACUGGCCAGCAGAGCACGCCCACUAUCAACAGCACUAAUUCCAUCGACCCCAGCUCCAUGCAGCGAGCCUACGCUGCCCUGGGGCUGCCCUAUGGUAACCAGCCACAGACACAGCCUCAGGUACCUGGUCAGCAGACAGCACAGCCCCACCAGCAGAUGAGAUCCAGCAACACACUAGGCACUAACCAGAUGAACCUAGGAGGAGGAAUGGGAGUCUCUGCUCCUGAUCAGCAGACCAAUCUCCUGUCUGACUCUGCUCUUCCUUCCACUCUUGGUACCUCAAAUCAGUUGUUACCUGAUGGCACAAGUGUGGGCAACAUGGCAAACCUUCCCACUGCAGCCCCCCUCUCUGCCACGGGGGUACGGAAAGCCUGGCACGAACACGUCACUCAGGACCUGCGCAAUCACUUGGUGCACAAACUUGUCCAAGCCAUAUUCCCCACACCGGACCCUGCUGCUCUGAAGGACAGACGAAUGGAAAACUUAGUGGCCUAUGCACGCAAGGUUGAAGGAGACAUGUAUGAAUCUGCAAAUAGCAGGGAUGAGUAUUACCACUUGUUGGCAGAGAAGAUCUAUAAGAUACAGAAGGAACUGGAAGAGAAAAGACGGUCACGGCUCCAGAAACAGAGCAUUCUGAGUAAUCCGGCACCAAUGGCUGCCCCUGGCAACCAACAGCCUCGAUUGCCUUCUGCUCAGACCGUCCGGCCGCCCAAUGGACCUAUGCCUAUUCCCAAUGUGCCAAACCAGAUCAUGAAUCGCAUGCAAGUCUCUCAAGGAAUGAAUCCAUUUAACCCUAUGCCAAUGGGGAAUGUACAGAUGUCACCAACACCAAUGGGACCACGUGCUGCUUCCCCAAUGAACCAUCCUGUGCAAAUGAACAACAUGGGCUCUGUUCCAGCAAUGGGAAUGUCACCCUCCCGAAUGCCCCAGGCCCAGGGAAUGAUAGGAGCCCACACUAACAACAUGGUUGGCCAGACUGCAAACCAGAACCAGUUCCUACCCCAGAACCAGUUCCCAGCAUCAGCUGGGGCCAUGAAUGUGAAUAAUGUGGGGAUGGUACAACCUGCCCCCCAAACAGGAGCAACACAGCUCACCCAGACCCAGAAUUCUACUCUCUCUAUGAACAUGCCGGGGCCUCAGAAAGCUCAGCUUCCAUGCCCACCGGCUGCUCAGCCUCCACUCCGCCAGACUCCGCCUCCUGUAUCCACGACGACCACUGGCAUGCAGCCCAUGCAGCACCCAGCACCCCAGGGCCUGACGCCACCGCAGGGCCAGCCUUCCACUCCGGUGUCAGCUGGGGGGCAGGCACCCACCCCCAUCACUAUACCCAGCGCUGCCCCUGCGCAGAGCGCGCCACCAGUUCUGGGUGCCGCACAGGCCUCCACGCAGCCACUGACCCCUCUCCAGCCUCUGGCAGAGCCUGCAGCUCAUACACAACCACAGCAGCCCGGCUCUGUGCAGACACAGCCACCCACUACACCGUUGUCGCAGGCAGUAGCCAGCGUUGAUAACCGCAUCCCCACCCCAGGCUCUGUGGCAAGCACAGACGUGAAUUCCCAGCAGCCUACGACAGACUUGCUUGCAUCAGAAACCAAAACUGAGAUCAAAGAGGCACAGGAAUUUGAGUCCAGAGAAGCACAGACUGAACCCAAACAAGAGCAGAUGGAGGAGGAGCCCAAGCCACUAUCAUCUCAGGUGAAGGAGGAGACUGAUGGAGUGGGGCCGAAGCAGGAACCAAUGGAAGUGGACGAAAAGAAGCCAGAGGUGAAGGUGGAGCCUAAAGCAGAAGCGGAGAGUGGGUCCAAUGGUACCACUCAAUCAAUCUCACCCUCUCAAUCCCGCAGAAAGAUUUUCAAACCUGAGGAGCUAAGGCAGGCACUGAUGCCCACACUGGAAGCUUUGUACCGGCAGGAUCCGGAGUCGCUUCCUUUCAGACAGCCUGUAGACCCCCAGGUCCUUGGAAUCCCUGAUUACUUUGAUAUUGUGAAGACCCCCAUGGACCUGUCCACAAUAAAGAGAAAGCUGGACACUGGCCAGUUCCAGGAGCCCUGGCAGUAUGUGGACGACGUGUGGAUGAUGUUCAACAAUGCCUGGCUUUACAACCGCAAAACCUCUCGCGUCUACAAAUACUGCACAAAGCUAGCCGAGGUUUUUGAGCAGGAGAUCGAUCCUGUCAUGCAGUCCCUUGGGUACUGCUGUGGGCGCAAGUAUGAAUUCUCACCGCAGACUUUAUGCUGCUAUGGCAAGCAGCUGUGCACCAUCCCCCGUGAUGCCACUUACUACAGCUAUCAAAACAGGUAUCACUUCUGUGAGAAGUGUUUCAAUGAAAUCCCAGGGGACAGCGUAAGCCUUGGGGAUGACCCUGCACAACCACAAACGUCCAGCAUACAAAAGGAUUUAUUCAGUUCUUCAUCAGAACUAAGUAUGAUAUCAAAAGACCAGUUUGAAAGAAAGAAAAAUGAUUCACUAGAUCCUGAGCCCUUUGUUGAAUGUAAAGAAUGUGGACGCAAAAUGCACCAGAUCUGUGUCCUACAUUACGACGUUAUCUGGCCGUCUGGCUUUGUCUGUGACAACUGCCUGAAGAAAACCGGGCGAACGAGGAAGGAAAACAAGUUUUCUGCCAAAAGGUUACAGACUACCAGGUUAGGAAUGUAUAUAGAAGACCGAGUGAACAAGUUUAUAAAGAGACAGAACCAUCCAGAAGCAGGGGAGGUGUUUGUACGAGUGGUGGCCAGCUCGGACAAAAAUGUGGAAAUUAAACCAGGAAUGAAAACUAGGUUUGUGGAUACAGGUGAGAUGUCAGAUGGUUUUCCAUACCGAACCAAAGCACUUUUUGCUUUCGAGGAGAUAGACGGGACGGACGUGUGUUUCUUUGGAAUGCAUGUGCAGGAGUACGGAUCUGAAUGCGCUUAUCCCAACACCAGACGAGUGUACGUCUCAUACCUCGACAGUAUUCAUUUCUUCAAACCUCGAUGUCUACGUACAGCAGUCUACCAUGAAAUUUUGAUUGGGUAUCUGGAGUACGUAAAGAAACUUGGGUAUGUGACAGGUCAUAUCUGGGCAUGCCCCCCCAGUGAAGGGGACGACUACAUUUUUCACUGUCACCCUGCGGACCAGAAGAUCCCCAAACCCAAGCGGUUGCAGGACUGGUACAGGAAGAUGCUGGACAAGGCCUUUGCAGAGAGGAUAAUCCACGACUACAAGGACAUCUUCAAACAAGCCACGGAGGACCGGCUGACCAGUGCUAAGGAACUGCCCUACUUCGAUGGGGACUUCUGGCCCAACGUGCUGGAGGAGAGCAUCAAGGAACUGGAGCAAGAGGAGGAAGAGCGCAAAAAGGAGGAGAACACAGCUACCUGUGAAGCUCCUGAAGGGACCCCAGUAGACACUAAAAACACCAAGAAGAAGAACAGCAAGAAGACUAACAAGAAUAAAAGCAGCGUGAGUCGAGCCAAUAAGAAGCCGGGAAUGCAGAAUGUAUCAAAUGAUUUGUCCCAGAAGCUUUAUGCGUCAAUGGAAAAGCACAAAGAGGUGUUUUUCGUGAUCCACCUCCAUUCAGGCCCAGUUAUCAACACGCUGCCCCCUAUCAUGGACCCGGACCCCCUAUUGACCUGUGAUCUUAUGGAUGGGCGAGACGCUUUCCUCACCCUGGCCCGGGACAAGCACUGGGAGUUCUCCUCUCUGCGCCGCUGUAAGUGGUCCUCCAUGUGCAUGCUGGUGGAGCUGCACAACCAGGGCCAGGAUCGCUUUGUCUACACCUGCAACGAGUGCAAGCACCAUGUGGAGACGCGCUGGCACUGCACUGUGUGCGAGGACUAUGAUCUCUGUGUCAACUGCCACAACACUAAAGGACAUGAGCACAAGAUGGUGAAAUGGGGCCUGGGGCUGGAUGAUGAGAGCAAUCAGGGAGGGGAGGCAUCAAAGAGUCCCCAGGAGAGCCGACGCCUGAGCAUCCAGCGCUGCAUCCAGUCCCUGGUGCACGCCUGCCAGUGCCGCAACGCCAACUGCUCGCAGCCGUCCUGCCUGAAGAUGAAGCGGGUGGUUCAGCACACCAAGGGCUGCAAGCGCAAGACCAACGGAGGCUGCCCUGUCUGCAAACAGCUCAUAGCACUCUGCUGCUACCACGCCAAGCACUGUCAGGAGAACAAGUGCCCUGUGCCUUUCUGCCUCAACAUCAAACACAAGCUGCGGCAGCAGCAACUCCAGCACCGGCUGCAACAGGCGCAGAUGAUGCGCAGGAGGAUGGCCACCAUGCAGGACAGGGUGAUGCCUCAGAGCUUACCCUCACCUACUCAAGCCACUACAGCCCCCCCCACUCCCCAGCAGCAACCUGCCACCCCACCCACUCCCCAGCCCACUGUCUCCCAGCCACAAACCCCUGCAGGUGGUAUGUCCUCAGCUUUCCCUACCACCCCACGUGGCACCCAGUCGUCUACCCCCAUCUCCCAGGGCAAGCUAGGGAUGCAGGCAUCUCCUCUCCAGCAGCAGCCGCUGCCACUCCCUCCUCCUCCUCCACCACCUCCUCCUCCUCCUCCUCCUCCUCCUCCUCCCCCGCAGCAGCAGCCGCCACAACCCCCAGCAGCAGCCGUGGAGGCAGCCCGACAGAUCGAGCGCGAGGCCCAGCAGCAGCAGCAGCUAUUCCGGGGCAACGGCAUCAAUGGGCUCCCCCUGAACCGCACAGGGAUGGUGGGGCCAGUGCAGACGGCCAUGACUAUGGGAGUGGCCCGUGGAGCCCCUGUGAUGCCUGGCAUGCAGCCUGGGCAGUGGCCUCCACCCCCUGGCCCACAGGGACCUCUGCAGACAGCCCAGCAGCAACAGCCACCGCAGGUCCCUCUUCCUCAGCCUCAAAUCCCUCCCCCUCAGUCACAAGGCCCUCAGCCUACCCCGCUCACCUCUCCCUUGCAGCGGCUUAUGCAACCACAGCAGCCCAGGAUGCCUGUAGUGGGGCAGCCACAGAUGCAGACACCCCAGAGAGUCGUGCCAGGCAGCAUCCCCCCAACCGCCCUCCAGGACUUGUUGCGCACCCUCAAGUCUCCCAGCUCCCCACAGCAGCAGCAACAGGUCCUCAACAUUCUCAAAUCGAACCCCCAGCUCAUGGCGGCCUUCAUCAAGCAGCGGACGGCCAAAUACCAGGCCAGCCAGCCUCAACAACAGCCUCCGCCUGGUAUACAUGGAGGGCAGCCAGGUAUGCAGAACCUUACCCCCAUGCAGGCUGCAGCCGGGCAGAGACCAGUCAUGGCUCCACAACAGCAGCAGCAGCCUGCCCAGCAUGGAAUGGGUGGCCUGGGUGCCCAGGGACAGCUGAUGAAUCCUGGGCACAACCCAAACAUGAACCCCCAGUACCAGAUGUUCCGUCGGCAAUUGCUACAACAGCAACAAGUAUCAAUGGCCCAAGUGCACGGCCAGUUCCCCCAGGCACAGCAGGGCACAGCAGCCAGCUACUCGCAAGCCAUUCAGCAACAACGCAUGCAGCAACAUCUGGCAAUGCAAAACAGUGGCGGCCCCAUUGGCCAGCUACCUUCUAUGGGACAAAUGGUGCAGCCAGGUCUGGGCCCAGAGGGAACUUCCAAACUCCAGCAAGCCCUUCAGCAGCGGAUACUCCAGCAACAGGCACUGAAACAGCAGCUUGGCUCCCCUGCUCAGCAGAACCCCAUGAGCCCCCAGCAGCACAUGCUCCCAGGACAACCCCAAGGGGCACACCUCCCUGGUCAGCAGAUGGCAACAUCUCUUGGCAACCAUGUGCGCUCCCCGGCACCUGUGCAAUCCCCCCGUCCCCAGUCACAGCCGCCACAUUCCAGCCCCUCGCCACGAAUACAGCCUUCACCCCACCACGUCUCCCCGCAGACCGGCUCCCCUCACCCUGGUCUUGCAGCCCCCAUGGCAAACACCAUGGAUCAGGGACACUUGGGCACGCCAGAGCAGAGUGCCAUGCUUCCACAGCUAAACACCCCCAACAGAAGUGCUCUGUCCAGCGACUUGGGUUUGGUGGGAGACACAACGGGGGACACAUUGGAGAAGUUUGUAGAGGGCUUAUAGCAUUAUGAGACAAGCACACUGUCUCACUGCAGGCUUUUUUUUUUUCUCAAUGGACUUUUUGUACUGAAAUGUAAAAUUUAAAAGAAAAAAAUGAUUAGGAAAUGUUAAGGUUCCCUAAACCAUGGACUGCUAUUUCUUCCUACAUGUCGAGGGAUUAAAAUUGUUGUUUAAUGAAAUAAAUAAUUUACAAAGAAUAUAUUUUUUGGUUAAGGCCAGAUACAAAAAUGACAAUUCUGGUCUUCUGGGUUUUUUUUUGCUUUUUUGGGCAGCAAGGACUCAUGCCUAUUAUUCUUUUAUUUCUUUUUUUUUCUCAUUUUGAAAUUAAAACAAUUUCAUUAUAUUCAUAUUUUUUAUUUUGUACUUCGCAAAUUUUAAAGCAUUUUUGUGUUAAAUGACUGUAAAAUAAUAAUACUUUGUCUGGGGAAUUUUGUCAGGAAGUUUUGUUUUUCCCUAAUUCCUGUUUAAUGCAUUCUAACGUUAUACCAUUAAUUUUCAAAGGACAUGCUUUGGGGAGGAAUUUAUUUGUUUUUUUCCUUUUCUAUUUGUGAAGUCUGUGCUGGAGAUUUAAGUAUUACAUUUGUAUAGAUAGGAACAUAGACUAUUGCACACAAACACACAACUUACUGGCCUGAAGCCAGAACUUCUUUCUUGCAGAUGUAGAAAAUAGUUGCUUUGCUUCUCUGAUUCUUCAGUUUCAGAAAAGAAGGGGAGGUGAUCACUGUUUGACUUCUGAUUUAAGAGAAGACCAGUUCCUUAGAUCUAUCCCGAUUAACACAUAUGUGAAACUUGAACUGAGGGUGAACCUUUCUCCAUUGUAAAUCAUGCAGGUUAUACAAUUACUAUAACUAUAAAGAAACGGCUCGCAAUCACUGUAUAAACUGGUUAAAAUAACGAAUUUCUUACUUAUAUACCAUAUUGUUAAAUAAACUGUGUGCAACAGAGAGGGUUGUUCUUCUUGAGUCCUGAUGCAUUUGCUGUGGUGGUUAAAGAACAGUACGUAUCCCACUAGUUAAGAUUGGAAUAUCUAUUGAUCCUCCAUUUCCUGAUGAUAAAAAUGGGUACAAAAAAUAAGAAACCAUCAUUUGACAAGAAACGUACGAGUGCCAGCCCAGAACAUGGAACGUGCAUGUCGGCUGUGUUCAGCUUAUCAUGGUUCAAAGAGUAUAAGGUUUUAACAUGUUUUUUAAACAUGAUGGGGUAAUUUCUUCUUAAUACACCUUCACAGUGCAGCUAUCUUUUGAAAAUCAUGCUGUGCACUUGCCUAGUUCUGCAUGGAUGGCACUACUUGCUUACUUACUUAACCAGUAAUUAACGAGAACCAAUACUUUAACCCUUUCAGUUCUGGUGGGACUGCAAGGUGUUGACCACUGUUUAGAGUUCUUAAAAGUACUGAUGAGACUUAAGUCCCAUUUACCAAAUUAUAUGUAAAUAUUUUUGUCCUGUUCUCAUGUAUACUCAAUAAAGGAGUUCCUUUUUUAAUGUAUAUAACUUUAAUUUAGCAUUUGUAAGCAUGACAAAAAAACAAAUUCAGGACUGAAGGGUUAAGCGCAGCAUAGAAACCAGCGCUAAAGGGCACAGUUGGAAAUUAAGUGGAGAUAGACUGAAGACAAAGGGAAGGAAACAAUUUUUCACACAGUGGUUAGGAAAUGGAAUGGGCUAGUUCUUGAGAGGCAGAAUCACAUGGAUCCUAAAAGACCCACCUUGGCACUGAGAUUAGUCGGGUACUAGGAACCAGAUGGGCGUAGGUGGGCCAAAUGGCCUUCUUUCUUUUGAAGUAUUUUUUUAUGUUCUAAUAUCAAAGAUCCUGUUAACACCAAAACCUAGACUAUUCCCCUGUAAUGAAUGACCAAUGCCACAUGUUUAAUGGACCCUUUUAGAAGGUUCCUCAGAGGGAUGUUAAUAAGACACUACCUAAAUAAAGCACGCGCAGUACGUUUUAAAA